GAAUUGUCAUGAUGGAUGUUCAGUCUACACCCUGCCUGGUGUUACCAGCAAGCCGAGCACUAAAAGAACCAAAGCUCACUGGAUACUUGAGUAGGCUGAGUGCUGUACAUUCUCGAUCUCCGAUAUCUCGUAAGCCGACCCGGCGCUGACAGCGUCUUCGCCGUGGGAAUAUGGGACUGGCUGUACCAUCCACGAUAUACUCGUUUUAUUGCUAUCUUGCACUGGAUGGACUAGGCUUCGAUAAUCCUGCCUGUGGACAAGGAGCAAUGGGACCAUCAGGGUUUUUGGAGUCUGCAGACUCUGGUAGACUGCGCCUAUACAGUUGCUGCGGUGGACAAGGCCCCAGCAACCUCACGGGUCUCGACGACUUGGUCCAUCUUGUACGAAUAUACGGAGACCGCGCCCCCAUACGACAAUUGAUCGACGUCUCAUCCAAUUGCAUCGAGCUCCUUGCGUCUAUUCCACAUCGAUCUUGUUUCUUCUCGGGUCGUGGAUUCCCAUUAAACAGCUGGCUCCACGACUCUGCUGCAACGGCCCCAUCCUCUGACGAGCUCGCUCUUUCGCCGUAUAGUUUCCCCAUAAACACCUUACUUUCGUUGGUCCAUUAUGCAAUCGCUGCGCACACUGUUGGAGUUGAUCCUACGCAGCUGCGCGACCGUCUGCACGGCGUCAUUGGACAUUCCCAAGGAGUAUUUGCCGCCGCGGCGAUUGCUCAUAGCGGCAAGGGGUGGCCAGCGUUUUUCAAUGCAGCAAGACUUGCGCUGACGCUGUCCUUCUGGGUUGGUCUGGAGUCACAUCGAGUUGCGCCAGGUAGCACUCUAUCCGCAGAGGAUGUGGCAGGCUGCCUACAGCAUGACGAGGGCGCGCCAUCAUAUCUGCUGAGCGUGACGGGGUUGAGCCAUGAGCAUCUACAGGGUGUUAUAUGGACAGCGAGCAGCGGCAACGUCCAGAUAUCGCUCAUCAAUGGCUACAACAAAUUCGUGCUGGCUGGGACACCGGAGGCCCUGCGGACUGUAUGCCUCGCAAUUCGCAGAGUCAGUGCACCGCAAACACUGGAUCAGACCCGCGUGCCCUUCACACACCGUCGACCGGUCAUUGACGUCCGGUUCCUCCCGGUCUCAGCUCCCUACCAUUCGUCGCUUCUGGCAUCGGUUGAGGCGGACGUGGUGGAUGCCAUGAAAGGCACCCGGUUGACUGGCCGCGAUAUAGCCAUCCCACUUUAUUGCCCCGUGAAUGGCAAGACGCAAAACCUGCAAGAUCACAGUGAUGUUUUGCCAGCCCUAAUCCGGGCUGUCACGACAGAGAGUGUUGAUUGGCCUGGUGCAUGCCACAAAAUGGACAGUGCUACCCAUGUAUUGUCGUUUGGGCCUGGAGCUGUUGGGACCCUAGUCCAAGCUGUGUUGGAGGGGGCUGGAGUCUACGUACUGAGCAUAUCAGGGCGUUCUCUGUCGUCGUCCCUCAAUGCACUCGUAUCAGAGUCCUCUCUUCCAUCAGGACAUAAUUGGGCCCAAAUGUACCGCCCACGCCAGAAGUCCAAAGAGGAUGAGACCUACAUUGAAACGAAGAUGACACGCCUCCUAGGGCUACCACACGUCAUGGUCGCAGGAAUGACACCGACAACGUGCUCGCCAGAAUUCGUCGCCGCCAUCAUGCAGGCAGGAUAUCAUGCUGAAUUUGCCUGCGGUGGAUACCACCGCCCAGAGAGCAUGGAAGCAGCUCUUCGCCAACUCGCAGCCACAAUCCCAGUCCAUCGCUCGAUCACCUGUAAUGUCAUCUACGCCUCGCCGAAAUCUCUCAGCUGGCAGAUAAAUCUCCUGCGCGACCUCAUCGACGAAGGGUUGCCGAUUGACUCGUUGACAAUUGGUGCCGGGAUACCCUCGCCUGACGUAGUAACGGAAUGGCUUGAGCGGUUAGACCUGUCUCACAUCUGGUUCAAACCAGGCUCUGUGGAUGCCAUAGAUCGCGUCCUUGCUAUUGCUCGUCAACAUCCAAGUCUUCCCAUCGGUCUGCAAUGGACUGGUGGCCGCGCAGGGGGGCACCACUCAUUUGAAGGCUUCCACCAGGCAAUACUCGACCGCUAUAGCCACAUCCGGAGCUGCGAGAAUGUUAUACUCGUGGCGGGUAGUGGCUUCGGCGGAGGACAAGAUACAUGGCCGUAUAUCACGGGCUCUUGGUCACAGAAGCUGGGAUUUGCUGCGAUGCCGUUUGAUGGAAUCCUUCUAGGGAGUCGCAUGAUGGUAGCCCGUGAGGCAAAAACGUCUCUGGCGGCGAAGAAGUUGAUAGUACAGGCCCCAGGGGUCGGUGAUGACGAGGACUGGACGCAUUGCCAACGUGAAGCCAUCGGGGGAGUUCUUUCGGUUGUCUCUGAGAUGGGACAGCCAAUUCAUGUCCUCGCAACCCGGGGAAUGAAACUAUGGCAUGAGCUUGACGCGAGGUUCUUCUCGAUUAGAGACACUGGGAAGCUGGGAAUGGCACUGAAGCAGCACCGGGAAGAGAUAAUAAGGCGUCUGAACGCGGACUAUGCUCGACCAUGGUUUUCAAUUGCCGACGAUGGAACGCCAGUCGAGAUGGAAGAUCUAAGCUACAGACAAGUGCUGCAUCGACUCUGUCAGCUUAUGUUCGUGGAGCGACGCUCGCGAUGGAUUGAUCAAUCCUACCUCGACCUUGUCCAGGACUGGCUGCGGUUGGUACAAGCACGAUUUGAAUCCGAGAUGAAGCUUAGCGACAAUCCAGUGCAGCUCAAAGCAGCCUUCGAUGCAGCAUACGGCGCCCACGCGGACCAAAUCCUGUAUCCAGACGACGUGGCACUACUGCUUUCCCUGUUUCGAAGGCCAGGGCUUAAACCAGUCCCAUUCAUACCGAUACUCGAUGAGAACUUCGAGACCUGGUUUAAGAAGGACUCCUUAUGGCAAUCGGAGGAUGUCGACGCGGUGCUGGACCAAGAUGCCGAACGGGUUUGUAUCAUACAGGGCCCUGUGGCUGUACAACACUCCACGGUGUGCGAUGAACCUAUAAAGACCAUUCUUGAUGGGAUCCGUGACUCGCAUAUGGACUCUCUACAGAAUGAGAUACUUGGUCGUAACGAAGACGAUACGUUCAGCGGCAUAGUUGAAGCCGCCCUCAAUUUACCUGGCGUCCACGUAUCCCACGACGGUGCGAUCUAUCGUUACCAACUGACGGGCCCGGCUAUUCCGUCUGCUGACGCGUUAUCAAAACAACUGACUGCUGGAUGCUCCUGGGGGCGUGCUGCUCUCAUCAGCAAGCAUGUUCUGUUUGGUCGACAUCGUGUAAAGAACCCCCUUCGCGACGCUUUCCAGCCAAGUAUCGGGGAUAUUAUUGAGGUUAAGCAUGUAAAUGGCACGCCCACCGAGAUAACAUUAUACCAUCCAGCAUCCCAAGAGAAAGAUUCCCACCAGAUACGGGCUGCAUUGGAAAUCGCUCACGUCAAUGCGGAGACAGUAGCUGUAGCGUUGGUAACGCGCUCGGUUCGAACAGUGACUGGAAACCGAUCCGCGCUGGAGUUUACGAUGAAGCUACUCGGUGGAUGCAUGGGACGGCCUGUUAUCCAGUUCGACCAGGAGACCUACCUUGGGCGAGUUCGCGAUCUGUAUACAGAGUUGUGGGUCGGUCCUGCACCCGGCUCAUCCUCGGCAGGACUCAACUCGGAGUUUAGUGAUGGCCCUGUUACUAUUAUGGCAGACCAUGUACAGGAAUUCCUGGCUGUGGUUUCUCAAUCUGGGCCACCUCGCGGUCGUGCCUGGAGCGCACAAGGACCCCUAGUUCCACUUGACUACGCUGUCGUGCUGGCCUGGACUGCGCUCACCAGGCCCGUGCUACUCCCAGCCCUUAACGGUGACCCUCUUCAACUACUUCACCAGUCGAUAUCGUUGCGACUUGCUCGCGGCGUCCGACCACUCUCUGUCGGCGAUGUGGUGAAAGCAACCUCGUGCAUAACAGAGCGCACAAUCACCGCCAUGGGCCAGCGUGUCGAAGUUUCCGCAGAGGUUCUCCGUGAUGCACAGCCUGUAGUUCAUCUGCGAGCCACUUUUGUCAUUCAGCGGCGUACCCAGAGUGCAUCCCAGCAGUUCCGCUCCAUUGACGAACAGGCUAUGGUAAUACAUAUCACAACUUCUCUUCAGCUGGAGGUCCUGAUCAGUCGGAAAUGGCUGUUCUUAGACAUAGCGUCUCACCAAGUCUUUGGGAGGAGCCUGCUGUUUCGACUGAAUACCCAGAUAGUGUCCGGCGCGAAGGACGCAUCAAAGUCGCUCAAGGUAUCCGGCAUUGUUACAUUGCUCCCAGCUCAAGCUUCAGACACGACAACAACUGGUGCCAAGGUUGGCCGUGUAUAUCUGGAGGAGGAAGACCACAAGUUCAACCCUGUGAUGGACUUCAUGAACCGACAUGGCAGCCCACUAGUCCAGAGGCAGCCACUGCAAAGCCCCGGCUGGAUUGGCGAUGCUGCUAUUCCAUUUACCGCUCCAUCACAGAGCAGCACAUAUGCAGCAGUAUCAAAAGAUACGAACCCAAUACACACCUGCCCCCUGUUCGCUCGGUUUGCUGGCCGAGGACAGCCCGUGCUCCACGGGAUGCACCUCUCGGCAGUAGUAAGACGCAUCCUUGAGUGGAUGGUCGGCGAUACAGAUCAUCGCCGAUUCCAAUGCUUGACAGUGUCCUUCGAUGGUAUUGUUCGCGCACACGAUCAGCUGCGCAUGGAGGUGCAGCAUGACGCAAUGGAAGAUGGGCUGAUGGUUGUCCAUGUAAAGGUGUCUAAUGUAAACACCGGCGAUCAGGUCCUGCAUGCGGAAGCUUUAAUAGAACAAGCACCAACCGCAUAUAUCUUUACCGGGCAAGGAACCCAGGAGAAGGGAAUGGGGAUGGCCCUUUAUGGCACCCAUAAGGCUGCACAAGUGGUUUGGGACCGAGCAGAACGCUAUUUUGAAUCUCAGUACGGCAUUUCCCUGCUCCAUCUAGUCAGUGAUAAUCCAAAGUCCCUCGUCGUUAAUUUCCGUAGCAAACGCGGCCAGCAAAUCCGCGCCAACUACCUCGCCAUGGCAUCUGCCUCGGAAUCUGAUAACCCGAUGUUGCCUGGCUUGACCGAGUCAUCGAGAGAUUAUACAUUUUCAUACCCCGCUGGACUGCUCAUGUCUACUCAAUUUGCCCAACCCGCACUGGUGGUCAUGGAAAUGGCCGAAUACGCCCACCUCCAAGCCCAGGGCGUCGUAAAGAGGUCUGCCUUGUUCGCUGGCCAUUCCCUGGGGGAAUACAGUGCUCUCGGGGCCUGUUCUACCUUCAUGCCGUUUGAGUCGCUACUGUCCUUAAUUUUCUACCGGGGAUUGAAGAUGCAGAAUGCACUUCCUCGGGAUUCCAAUGGGCGAACCGAAUAUGCCAUGAUGGCUAUUGAUCCUUCACGCAUUGGGUCAGACUUUGACGAAUGCAAGCUUAUGGAACUGGCUCGGCUUGUUGCAGGGGAAACGGGUCUUCUACUGGAGGUUGUCAACCACAACGUGCAAUCGCGACAGUACGUAUGUGCUGGUCAUAUUCGAUCUCUCUGGGUAAUGGGCCAAGUGUGUGACAAACUGUGUCUCGCGACCAGCAAUAGCCCGGACACCAUGGAAGAGUGUAUAAGAAAGCAUCUUCCAAGCAGUCGGACAAUAACGAGCCACGAAAGCCUCGCCCGUGGACGCGCGACUAUUCCACUUGUCGGGGUCGAUAUCCCCUUCCACUCGCAGAUGCUCCGGGGGCAUAUCGAUGACUACAGGCAGUAUCUCCGGUGUCACCUCCGAGCUUCUGACAUCAAGGCCGAGGAACUGGUUGGCCGCUGGGUGCCGAAUGUUGUUGGGAAGCCGUUCACUCUGGAAACUUCCUAUAUUCGUCUGGUGCAGCAAGUUACCCAGAGCAAGCCUCUACAAGAUCUCCUAGAGCGGUUGGAGGAGAAAUCUUAGUGGAUCGAUCCUAUUUCAUCAGAUAUGAUUUAUCAACGAGACUGAUAUACCGCAAUCAGACUGUCAUCUACAUGAGUCAAUUAAUAUGCAUCUACCCUCCUGGUAAAUCACUCCCGCGUCUUGAAUGACAUAUACAGCUCUCGCUUUGCCCAUAUAGACCAUAUCUUCUGGUCCAGAAAUUCGCCUGUCUUCUCCUUGUCCAAUGUAAUAUCGAAAUGCCACAGCAACUUCGCCAGGGUGAGUCUCACCUCAGCAUAGGCUAAAU